AUGGUUUCAACACGCAGCAGCACUCGAAGGGUAGCGGAUUCAUCACCACCUGCCUUCUCAUUUGUCGCUAGCCCCUCGACCUCGAAUGGCAACAGCAGCGGUAUCAGCAAGAAGCGCGGUGGAGAGAGCAAUGGCGAUGCACUGGGCCACGAGGCAAAGCGCCAGAAAAUUGCAGAACCUGUGGACAAGACACGAUGGCGCCUGAACGCUGACGGCGGGCGUCACACCUGGCACUACCUCGAUGACGACGAGGCCGUAAGAAAAUGGCCCCAGUCGUACGCAGACAAGUGGUACCUCGACUUGCCCCUUGUAGCGCCGAAGCUGACGAUGCGCGUGCACUCGCAGGACCUGCCCGACCUGCCCAAACCAAAAGCUCCCAUUGACGCUGUUAGCAACGGCCUGACCUUCUUCGAACACCUGCAACUACCGCCUGGCCACUGGGGCUGCGAGUAUGGUGGGCCCAUGUUCCUGCUGCCCAUGUAUGUCCUCGGCUGCUAUGCCACCAAGACCCCGAUCCCCGAAAUUCAGAAGAAGGAGAUCAAAAAUUAUCUCUUUGCGCGGGCGCAUCCUGAGGAUGGGGGAUGGGGCUUGCACAUUGAGGGUGAAAGCACGGUCUUGGGCACCACCUUCAACUACAUUGUACUGCGGAUGGUGGGCAUGGACUCCGAGCACCCAGUUCUAGUCAAGGCGCGGGCGACGCUGCACAAGUUGGGCGGUGCGACCCAGGCACCCCACUGGACCAAGUUCUGGCUGGCCGCUCUGGGUCUCUGCAAGUACGAAAUGGUCAAUCCUGCGCCGCCCGAGCUGUGGCUUCUGCCGGACUGGGUACCUAUCGCUCCCUGGCGGUGGUGGAUCCAUAUCAGGAUGGUCUUUCUUCCUAUGUCGUACGUGGCAUCGAAGAAGUGGGCGUGUGAUGAGACGGAGCUCAUCCGGGAUCUGCGGAAAGAGAUAUUCAUCGAGCCGUGGGAGUCGAUCAACUGGGCAGCGCACAGGAACACCAUCUGUCCCCGCGACAAUUACCACCCGAAAUCAUGGCUACUGAACACCGCAAAUUGGUUCCUGGCGAAUGUCUGGGAGCCUUACGUUAGGCCAGGUUUCCUCAAGGACAGAGCCGAGACAUGGGUGGGCGAACUGCUGAACAUGGAAAUGGACAACACAGACUACGCCUGCCUCGCACCCGUCAGCCAGCCCAUGACCCUUCUCUGUUGUUAUAUCCGAGACGGACCCGACUCAUACUCGGUCCGGAGGCUACGGGAGCGUAUGGCCGAUGCUCUCUGGGUGAACAGUGAGGGCCUGAUGGUCUGCGGGACGAAUGGUGUUCAGUCAUGGGACACAGCAUUUGCCAUCCAGGCCGUCAUCAGCGCCGGCCUCGCUGAGGAUGCGCGUUGGCGACCUAUGCUCACCAAGGCGCUGGAGUUUCUCGACGACCAGCAGAUCCGGGAGAACGUCAAAGACAUGGAAAAAUGUUACCGUCACCCACGAAAAGGUGCAUGGGCAUUCAGCAACAAGAUCCAGGGCUACGCGGUCAGCGACUGCGUAUCCGAGGCACUCAAGUCGGUUAUAUCGCUGCAGAAGACACCAGGAUACCCACAACUUCUGGACGAUCGUCGCAUCUUCGAUUCUGUUGAUACCUUGUUGACAUACCAAGACCCCAAGACCGGCGGGUGUGCUUCGUACGAGCGUCCGCGAGGAGACCAAUGGAUGGAGGCACUGAACGCGGCGGAGGUCUUUGGUAACAUCAUGGUCGAGUACCUGUAUCCAGAAUGCACGACCGCUGCUGUAACGACGUUGUCGCUCUUCCAAAAACACUGGCCUGACUACAGGACGGAUGAGAUCACGCAGUUCAUCACCCGUGCGGUGAGCUGGAUAAAAACGGCACAGUACGAGCAUGGAGGAUGGUAUGGAAGCUGGGCCAUCUGCUUCACGUAUGCGACCAUGUUUGCCCUGGAGAGCCUGGCAACGAUAGAUGAGACAUACGAGAACAGCGAGCACGCCAGGCGGGGCUGUGACUUUCUGAUCUCCAAGCAGCGCGAGGACGGUGGGUGGUCCGAGGCAUAUCAGGCAUGCGAACAGCACAAGUAUAUUGAGCAUCCCGCUGGAUCGCAAGUGGUCAUGACCGCCUGGGCACUAAUUGGUCUCAUGAAUGCCAAUUAUCCGCAUGUCGAACCGCUCAAGAAGGGCGUCAGGCUCAUCAUGGACCGCCAGCAGCCGAACGGCGAGUGGAAGCAGGAAGCUAUCGAGGGCGUGUUCAACAAGAGCUGCUGUAUCUCGUACCCAAACUACAAGUUUACCUUUACCCUCAAGGCGCUGGGUAUGUUUGCGAAACGAUAUCCAUAUGAAACUAUGUAA